AUGGCCCGUGUCUUUGUUUACGGAACCCUUAAGAAAGGGCAGCCGAACUACCAUAGCAUGACAGACAGGACUCAUGGAACAGCCAAGUUCCAGGGCCGAGGACUCACCGUGGAGAAAUAUCCUCUGGUGAUUGCAGGGAAAUACAACAUUCCUUUUUUGCUGAACACCCCAGGAACGGGGCACCGUGUUGCAGGAGAGAUUUACUGUGUUGACGACCAGAUGCUGCAAUUCCUUGAUGAAUUCGAAGACUGCCCUAACAUGUAUCAGCGUACUCCGAUGAGAAUUGAAAUACUUGAGUGGGAAGGUACAAGCAGCGCACCUGAAGAGAGGCCAGCUGUUAACAGCAUUCUGGAAUGCGAUGUGUACAGCACUACAACUUACCAGCCUGAAUGGAUAAAUCUCCCUUACUAUGCCAAUUACGAUUCUUUUGGGAAACACGGACUUCUGUACAAUGAAGAGGACUCUGGCUGAAGAGAUCUUUGUGAGUCCAGCUCACUCUCCUAAGACUUUUCUUGAAUCAUCUGAUAAAGACUUAAUGAUUGUGACAGGAUGUCUUCAAUGUUAGGCUUACAAAACAGUCACAAGCCCCGCCAGUCUUUUUGAUAAACCCAAUCGGCGCUGAUGUAUUUCUCCGCUCUGUCUAAUUGGUGUAAAGUUUGCAGAUCUGAGUCUCAUAUCUUUCGCCCAGCUUGCUGCGUCCUCUCCUUUGACACCGGGUCAAGGUUCACAUUUGCAUCCGAUUAUCAAAGUGGCAUUCAUUAAGCAGUGGCCUGCUUUGCACCAAAGAGUUAGCUUGAAGGAAAAGCUCGGCCCAUUUACUCAGCAGAUUUUAGCAUUUUAAGGAGGCCCAAAUGUCACACAGUAUUGCUACGUUCUGAAGAGUUUCAGACAUCUCCAGCUGAUGAUUAAUUGUGAGUGAUGGGAAAUAAAAUCCAGUAAAGCCAGCUGCUUGCCAUGGUCGGCAAAAUUACUAUAAUGGAUAUAGGCUGCCAAUUUUCCAGUUUUACUGGCAAGUCUUCCAAGUGUAAUUAAGGGAAGUUAUAAAUGAUAUGGAAAUCUAUCAAGUCCCAUUUAUUUUCAGAGGUCUCUUUCCCCAGGGACUUUUAUCUUCUAGCUUAUAGUUUGC